AGAAGACAGGUUCGGACACCCUUAUUCGGACCAACAGCCGUAGACUAUUAGAUGGACCCGUGAACCAAUCAGAUAAGCGUUAAUUGUGAUUUUUUUUUCCCUUCAAUUUUUCACUCACCCCACGAUUUUCCCAGACUCUGAGGCCUGCGUCUCACAAGGCAUGCAAAACCACGGUGCCACUCGUACUCGAGUACAGUGCCCAUGCCGGUACAGUGCCUACACCGCCAUAUCAUACCUGGUUGCCGGCCAGUCCAACCUGAUAUCGUCCAUCCAUCCGACACAGGAACAAAAUUUCUCUGCGUGAACUUUGUUUCCCGUUAAUUUACUUCAACCCAUUCCUUCCCUCCUGCCAAACUCCAGAGGCUUUUUUUGCCACCUACCCGCCUAUCCUUCAAGGCCGAGAAAAUAAAAAAAGAAUUCAUUGAUAAUUCGUCCCUCUUUUAGGCUUCGUUUAAACCUAAUAACUGGGCUAUUGGCAGCGCCUGAGACAAGGGAAAGAAAAAAAAGAAAAAAAAAGAGAGACCGUUUUCACUCCCUUUCCACUCCAAAUUUAUACCUUUUCCAGUCUACCAUAUUCUGCCUUACCGGUAUCUGCGCUAUCCUAUUCCCCUGGAGGUCGAUAUCGGAUUCCUGAAGUGUCCGUCGGCUCCACGUCGCGACUGUUUCAUCUCUCCGGUCACAAUCUGAACGAAUCUAAACCUUCCGAUAUCCCGUUUUCCCCCGAUCCUCGUCUAGACAACAGCCGCGCUAGACUACAUACUCUGCUCCUCCGCCUUCCUCUCUCUCGCUACCGGCACCGUAACCCCUCCCCCACACACCUACCUUGCCUUCGCAACUCGGCAUCUUUCGUUUCCUGAACGCACUCCCGGAACUGAUACCACUUUCUCAGGAUCCAUAACACAACCGAAAACGACAUCGGGCGAACGGGGUGUAUUUCUGGACAUUUAAGUAGGAAGGAAAAAAAAAAAAAUCCGCCGGGAGCUGGGAAGGAAGGAAGGGUAGAAGUCAGAUAGUCGAGAAAAGGAGCCAUGCCCACCAACAGACCCUUUCUAGCAAAUCUGUUGGUAGCGUUCCGGGCACACAGCGCUACGGCAAAGGGCUCUUCCAACAAUACAUCGUCGUCCUCACCCUCAUCAAAGCCCUCUGCGGGACCAAAAACCCCGGCUGCGACAAGCAGUUCAACGGCCGCCCCUUCCUCAACUACUGCCAUGGCUACCACCACUGUCCACGCGAACAGCAGCCAGCAGCAGCAACCUACCAACUUCACCUCUUCGAGACAACGAAGGAGCUCAUCAAGCUCAACGGAGGGUUUUGUGGAGCCUCCUUCGGGCGAGAAGUGGUGGAUAGGUGGCCGGAAUUCGGAUGGUCAAGAACGGUUUUACCGAUUGCAGCCAGUGUAUGUUAGCCUCCUUUCCUGGUAAGAGAUUUAAGGCUCACGGCUGUGUUUGAUAGGCGGAGACAGAGAUCUUGUGACCGAUUGUCGCUGGAUCGUUUGUCUAUUUAGAUAUUCUCUUCUACAUUUAUUUAUCCUACGACAGCUACAAAUCGCCUGGGUUCUGCUUUAGUAGUAUUCGGUGCCUCCACGGUUCGUCGGCUUUGAAUAGGGUUGGCACGAGAUCCACGGCGUGCACGGCGAGAGAUCGUGUCACUUUUGAGUUGCUGGCUAUUCUUUUCCUCCCGGGUUUCGUUACUAUUGAAUUUCUUCUCACGAAACCUUGCUCUUUGUCUAUAGCUCUUGGUAUUCGGCUGUACUUUUCUUUUCUUCUUUUUCUUUGAUAUUACUGUUCCUGCUUGAGCGCUUUCAUUUCUGGCAUUUCUGGAAUCAGGUUGGGUGCACAGAGGGGACUUGGGUUGGGAUAUACUUGAACUUGGUCUGAUGGGACCUUGAAAUUGUUAUGGUGAGUUAAAUAAACUCAUAAACCAAUACAUUUCAGAAGGCUUGAAUAUUGAACCUGGGGAACAUCAAUAGAACACAGCGGGCACUUAUUUCAGUCGCACGUCAGGCGCCCGAAGAGUUUUCCCGAUUUCCUCCAGGCUCUUUUUGGGUUUUGUUCAUACGCUAUAUUUAAAAUUGACAAGUGUAUUCACGAAAGAGAAAGAAUCGAGCGACAAGCUCAAAGGCGCCUACGGAGGCUGUGAUGAUUAUAAUGCAGUAGAAGGCUUGGAGCGGGGAAAGGCGCUUGCAAUACUGGUACGGUAGCGAUGAUGGUGUGAGGUGUUUCCCCACUUUUGAGAGUGGGUGUAGGCUGCAAUCCGCUUUUCGUGAGCCAGCUGAAGAGAUUCGGAUGAUCUCUUCCUGCGAGGAACCCGCUUGGGAAGUCACAAGCUAUUCGGCAUGCGGUAUGAAGGGGAGAAAAGAAAUGUAGAUACCGCAGGAUUGGAAAGUGGAAUCCUAAGUAAUGGAGAUCGGGAAGAGUGUUUGAAGGUGAAUCGGCCUUUACGGCAGAUUUUUCACACCACUGGCAGCCUAAUGGAUAGAGGAGUGGCUCUGCGACUCAUCCACGCGCCGUCCCUUGCCAUUGUCCUGCAUAUCACAGUCCCGCUAUUCGCUUGUAUUGGAAUUGUUGCGCAGUAUAUUGCCGCAGGUUAUGGUGUCGUAGGGGGUAGAUGAGGGUAUUUGUGUGCGGUACCAUAGGGUAAGAGCCUUGGAGCUUCUGGUGAGUGAGUUUUGGGGUAAGGAAAGGAAGGUCCUAGGGUUAGAAAACGUUGUAUAAUGUCAUGCCAUGGAUGAUUUGAUGGACCGAGAGAGUAUCAUAGUAUUACGACAUUAGUAAUGGCACAAGCAUGAUAAUAUUAUGGGAGAAAAUGGUGGAAAGGGUCAGAUGUCGGAGAUGCCUGCGUAUGU